AUGGCACCGCUGCCCAAGUCCACAGCCCGCCAACACUACGCCUUCUUACUAUCUCUCUUCUCCACGCUCGUCAUCAGCUUCUCCCUCUUCACCUACUUCAUGCUCCUCCCCCUAUCGCAAUUCACAACACACCACAAACCAUCACCGUCCAACACUUCGCUCGUCCCAGCAGAUCUUCACGCGCUACAGACAUCUUCCAAGAUAGUCCAGUUCGCCGAGCACGACGCGUACAAGAACCUAAGCCACCAGCAUGACCACCUCUGGCACGAGGCGCUGCCCCCCAACGGAGGGUACUUUACGCUCGCGCACGAAAGGAACAAGACGCAUAAAUUGGGGAUCGCAAUGUUCCACCAGCUGCAUUGCCUGGCGAUGCUUCGAUCGGAGAUGCAGUAUCUGCAUCAGAUUAUUGCGGUUUUGAAGGAUCCCACUCGGGGAGAGCUGCCGGUCAGGCCUAAGGAGUCUGACCCGUUGGAUCAUGAUAAGGGCUAUGCCUUGCACUGCUUUGACUAUUUGCGACAGUCGCUGCUGUGUAUGGCUGAUGCGACAAUUGAGCAGCCCAAACUGUCUGACGAUGGGGAUCCGUAUAUUGAUGGCAUGGACGAGCGACGAUGCAAAGAUUGGGAGAUUCUUUACAAUGCGUCGGUGAGGUCGGAUGUGGAACCUGUCAUGCCAGAUGAUUUGCGAUAG